GGAAGAAUUUUAUCAGGACUAAGCUUAUCAUUAUGAAUACGAAACUUUUACUUAAAUAUACAAAUCACCUGAACGACGGUUAUUUGUUAAAAAUGUCUUUACCAGGUUACUUAUUCUCUUUUUGCCUCGUCAUUUCUUUAGUGAAAUGUGAAAAUACGAACCACACAACCGGCACAACAAUUAUUCAAAUCAAAAACGGUGAAUUGAGAGGUCGCAUACUUAAAACAGUGGAUCUUAAUCAUGUUUAUUAUGCCUAUCAAGGAAUACCAUACGCGGAACCACCAAUUGGACACCUCCGAUUUGAACCACCUGUCCCUAAACAAAACUGGUACGGAGUUUUCGACGCCACCAAAGACGGAAACGUGUGCGUCCAAGGAAACCCUGCCAUAGGUUCCGAAGAUUGCCUCAACCUCAACGUUUACGUCCCUGAGGUUUCCAAGUAUUACAAGGCGUUGUUGCCAACGAUGGUGUUUAUCUAUGGUGGUGGUUUCGAGGCCGGUUUUGCCACCUAUGAUCUGUACGGCCCCGACCACCUGCUGGAAAAAGGGGUGGUUGUGGUAACUCUUAAUUACCGCACUGGGAUUUUGGGAUUUUCAAGUACGGGCGAUUUGGUGAUUCCGGGUAACAACGGAUUGAAAGACCAAGUCCUGGCUCUGAAAUGGGUCAAGGAAAAUAUCGAAUUUUUUGGCGGAGAUCCAAACCAAGUGACUCUUUUUGGGCAAAGUGCUGGGUCUGCUUCUGUUUCCUACCACAUGCAAUCAAAAUUGUCUCGAGGACUUUUUCAUAGGGCUAUCCUGGAAUCUGGUGUAUCCCUCACUCCUUGGGCUUUCAGUCGACGAGGUCCAGAAGUGCUAAAAAUUGUAGCUAACGAUUUGUGGAUAGAUACGAGUAAUACGCGAGAAAUGGUCAAUAAACUGAGAAAAGUGGAUUAUAAACUUUUGCAAGAAAAAGCGGCAUCAGCUGUGGCUUUCCAAUAUUUAAAAGACGAUCCACGACACGGUUUUAUAUUUUCACCAGUUAUUGAGCCCCAACACGACAACGCAUUCUUGACUCAAAAAAGCCAUCAAAUGUUGUCUAAUGGUGACUUUGCCAAAGUCCCAUGUAUUGUCGGUUUUAACUCACUAGAAGGCACUUUUAAUUUCGGAACCUUAUUUAGAGUUUGGCUUUUGCGCUACGACCUGGACCACACAAAAUUGUUACCAAUUGAUUUAAACGCAAAAAAAGAAAAGAAAGAUACUGCUGCAGACUACAUAAAGAAGCAUUAUUUCAACGGAUAUCUGAUCGCACUUUCUGACCGAAAAUUAAUGAAGUAUUUGAGUGACGAUUUGUUUGUUCGGCCAGUUCGUGAAUUUGUCCGAUUGGUGUCACAGCACGUUCCCGUUUACUUUUACCAGUUUACAUACGAGGGUGGAUUGUGGGGUUUUGCGAAUAGGACGCAACAUGGCGUAACACAUAGUGAAGAAUUGGGGUAUUUGUGGAGAUCAAAGUUUAGUCCUUCCGAAUCGGAUCUGCUUAUGAGGAAAAGAAUGACUUCAAUGUGGACAGAUUUUGCAAAAACUGGAAAUCCAACGCCAAAAAAAUAUUUCACGUCCUCUGAAGUCAUCUGGAAAACCACCGAUUCUAAUUUCACUUAUCUCGAUAUCGGUGAUGAACUAUUACUAAGUCAACAUCCUAAUAAAGCUAGCAUGACUUUGUGGGACCAGAUCUACCAACUUUACGGAAAUCCACCUUAUGACACGUAUUAUCAUUGCGAAAAGAAAAAUCAUUUAAUCUAUUUUAUGAAAGUCAUAAAUCCAGAUGCCACCUCAUUCUUCUUUAGAAGCAUAUUAGGAAAAAAUCUUAUCUAUUAUCUGAUUCCUAAUAAAUACUUCCUCCUUCACUUAUAUAAAUACAAGCUGCACUUUAGACAGAGCAGCUUAUUUAGUCCAGUAAGUAAAAUGUUAGUCCUAAGAAACGUACUUUCUCUUUCCCUUGUUUUGGGUCUUGCGACUAGUGCCACUUUGUUUCAAGAUGCUCCAGUAGUACAACUUGAAAAUGGUCAAGUGAGAGGAAGAGUGGACACAACAGUGGGAGAAGGCCGAACUUAUUAUUCUUUCCGAGGAAUUCCCUUUGCCGAGCCUCCAAUUGGCGAUCUCCGAUUUGAACCCCCUGUCCCUAAAAGCAACUGGGAUGGCGUCUGGGACGCCACAGAAGACCGAUCAGAUUGUGUUCAAGGCUCAAACACUGUGAUGGGUUCCGAGGAUUGUCUCUUCAUAAAUGUUUACACGCCAAAGCAACCAUCGUCCUCGUGUGAGUUGCUUCCCACCAUGGUCUGGAUUUACGGUGGUGGGUUUGAAGGAGGCUCCUCCUCUUACAACCUCUACGGGCCUGACUAUCUUCUCGAGAAGGAUGUUGUUGUUGUUACGUUCAAUUACCGUUUAGGAGUUUUGGGAUUUCUGAGUACUGGUGACGACGUAGCUCCUGGGAAUAACGGUCUCAAAGACCAGGUCCUGGCCCUUCAGUGGGUGAGAGACAACAUAAAGAAUUUCUGUGGGAACCCUGAACAGGUCACUCUUGCUGGCCAAAGUGCCGGAUCUGCGUCAGUGGCCUAUCACCUCCAAUCACCCUUAUCUGAAGGACUUUUCCAUAGGGCUAUACUACAGUCAGGUGUGUCUCUAAGUCUGUGGGCUUACAGUCGACGAGUUCCUCAAGUUGUUGGCCAACUGGCCCAAGCUUUGGAAAUUGAUAACUCAACAAGUCGCUCGAUUGUUGACAGUUUGAAGCAACUUAACACCACCUACCUCCAAACUAAAGCGUCUGCGACCAUAUCCGAAGCCCUAAUCUCGAACAAUCCCAGAGACGGGUUUGCCAUGGGCCCUGUGAGUGAGCAUGACCACCCUGGUGCAUUCUUUUCCGGAAGAAGCCACGAACUACUAUCCAAUAAAAAAUUCCAUAAAGUACCAAUAGUCAUUGGGUUCAAUUCUCUGGAAGGGACAUUUAAUUUCGAACUUCUUUUCCGUCUCUAUCUGGUCAAAUUUGAUCUCGACAAUACCAUGUUGUUGCCAAUUGACAUGAAUAUUGACAGCAGCAAGAAAUCGGAAGCUGCCAAAAAAUUAAAGCAACAUUAUUUCGGCUGGAAGCCUGUUAGUAUGGCCAACGUCGAGUUGAUGAAGUUCCUCAGCGAUGACCAAUUUGGGCGAUCUAUUACAGAAUUUGGCCGGCUUUUGAAAGAUGACGCCCCUGUAUAUUUCUACCGGUUUUCAUACGAGGGGGGAUUGUGGGGUAAUUACAACCGAACUAACUCAGGUGUAACACAUAGUGAAGAAUUGGGUUACUACUGGGUUUCCAAUCAUCAACCAUCGUCUGAUCACGAUUUUGUUAUACGCACUAGAAUGGUAAAGUUGUGGACUAACUUUAUCAAAUAUGCGAAUCCCACUCCGGAGCAAGACCCUGUGUUGCAAGAUAUUAUCUGGAAACCCUUUAAUAAUAGUUUGUCUUUUGUGGAUAUUGGAGAACAUUUGGUUGUUGGUGAAUCUCCAGAACAGGAACAUAUGGGGUUCUGGGAUAGCUUUUAUGGGCAAUAUGGAAACCCACCUUAUACUACGUAUUGAUUUCAAAUUGUUGACAUUUCUGUAAAAAUCGCAAGUCUAAUAAAAUAAUAAAAACGCCA